CCCGUUUGUGUUGCUGCAGUCAAUCACCGAUAGAGUCCGGAGAGAGAGAUGGCGAUGGCCAAAGCAGUGAGGACCCGCGGCAGGGAAGUUCUGCGAGGCCCGCUCAUGCACCGAAAGAAAGGCUCGGGAGCUUGGAAGGUGAGGCAAAUAGCCAAGCUAAGGCGUAUUCUGCUUGGAUGUAUGUUGUAGCUCUAAACGUGGGCGGGUAAAAAAAAGUUAUGUGCUGACUAGGUGACGACGGGGAAGGCCUUCGCCAGCUGCUUCCCUGGAAAUGGCUUGCGUAGGUAUCUGCUACUACUGCAUGGGGAGCGUUCCUGCGUAGUUCCCGUGUGUAUUCACCCCUACAAGGCUGGUGUGGGGCACAAGAACGCUAGUAAAACUGAAUUUUCGCUUUCAAUGUUGUGUGUUGUAGGUAGAGCCCAUUUUCAUGAUGCUUCUUUCUAAACUGUGUCCCACCCCAUGUCAUAUCUGUGUCUAUCUCCCCAGAGGAGAGCAGUCAUUGUGUUUUGUGGGAGCGAGAACGACGGGAAACUGCACUCGGCCUGCAUGGCCCUGUAUGACAACUACGAGAACGUGGAGCGAGCCGGCGACAAGAAACCAAAGAAGAUAAUCCAGCUCGUGGGUGCAAAGGUUGAGGAACCGACCUACGCGUCUCCCGUCGGUUCCCAGGGGUCGCCGGGGUCAGGUGGAACUCCGCUGGAGAAAGCCUGUCAGUUCCUGGUGAUCCAUUCCAAUGAAGUGAACGAGUUCAGAUCGGAGAGUGGUGACAUGAAGGUCCACUGGCUGAAGCUUCUCACGCUCCUGACCAUGUUUCCUUACUCUGUCAUCCCAGAGGAGCCUUCCUCCAACCCAAUCAGCGAGGGAUUCCGUUACAAACUGGACCCCAAGUCCUAUGGAGCAGAUUCAGCAUGGGCAGUGUACAUCAUGCCAGAGGAGGUGGGCUCCAGAUGCAAUAUGCUGGGGGUCCACAUUCUCCUCCUCAAAGGUGGCAUCCCUAAUCAGAGUGUGGGACAGCUCCAGAUCGUGAGUCCGUCCGACGCGGGGAAACCGAUCGUCGCGUGGGACCGAGACAAGAUGCGCAGAACGGGAAAGACGGGGAACCUCGUGUUCAUCGAGAUCGGGCGGAGGUGCCAUGGAGGGCCGGGGCUGGUGUGGAUGUAUGCUGGGUUUCGAGGAGGCUCACCCUCUCAGAGAAACUCUCCACAGAUUCCUCUUCCAGGGAGAUGGUAAGGCAGUGUCCAUCCCCACCAAAGACUCUGCCGUCUAUUCCAGACCACGUUCCUCCAUUGACAUGAGUCUCCCGUCGUCCUACCAGAGAUCCCAGUCCUCCUCCAGUUUCCAGUACAGUCAGGUGUCGGUUGGUGCAGGCGACGACUCGGGGUUCAAGGACUCGCCUAUCUCUCGCUCCCGCUCCCCGGCCCAAGACGUCCCUCCACCGGUACGUCUCGAUAAACACCCAUCCUUCCGUAAACAGCGUUCGGUCCCCGUGCCUCGCAGCUCACGCAGCUCGGCCUCCCCGAGUGGCAGUUUCGGGGCUCCGUCCCAGCAGUCUUACAGUCACUCUGUGGGCUCGUUCAAUGAUGAUGAAAUGUUUGACGAGCGAGCAAUGUCGAGACAGUCCGUGUCGCCACACGACGAGGGGUACUCCGAGGAGAACGAGGAAUCGGGGAGCGGACAGUUCAGGAUGGAUCCUGAGUUCGGUGCAAGUAGCGACGCUCAUCAUCAUCAUUACGAAACUAUGCCUCUACACGGUCAAGACCAGCACGAGUACGAAACCAUGCGCCACCCGAGCCAAAGCGGACACCAUCCGGCUCAGGAGGACUACAUCAAGAUGAUCCCGGCCUUUGCAAAUGGGAUGACAAUUCCGCGACCCGUCGUAUCCAGCAAUUACGAUGUUCCUCCAAUUCCACGACCCGUCGUACCCAGCAAUUACGACGUUCCACCUCCAUUCCGCAAACGGAACGGAGAGUCUCCGAUUCCAUCUUCAGCCAGUCCGUCCUCAAACUACGACAAUUCUGGUCCACUCCCGACGAUUCAAGAGGCUCCGAAGACACACGAGCGACCGGAACUGUACGAAAACGUGCCCGCUGCGUCGAAAACAAGAGACGAAGAUUUCGUUGUCUACCACCCGAACUACGAAAAUGCCGAGAUCAGGAGCCAGCGGCGGAGAGAUAGCUGCGAGACGUACCAGAACGUCCCACUCAUAGAUGAGGACUUGCCCCAACAAUCAUUCCGCGGUCGGACCCGCAGCAUGGAGAAGGGGCAGUACACUCCACCAAGGAACAAGAACGGUCCUCACUUGCACUACGCCCAGCGCCAGUCAUCCUCCACUGCCGUGUCGCCUCCCGGGCUGCCCCCUCGUGUUCCUAUCGUUUGACCAACUUCAGACCUGUGACUCAUCAACCCUCCCUCUCCCCCCUUACCCUCUAAUUAUAAAGAAACCUCAGCCUAUUUAACCGAAGCAGAGAAUUGGAAGCUAAUAAUAUUUAUACCAAUAUAACAUUGCACAUCACAUCACGUUCCAGAUUUGGCAGCAAUUGUUGGUAAAAUAACGAAAAAAUUCUCCAAAAAAAAGAAAUUCCUACAACUGACUCCAACAUUAUAUCCAUUUUGGUGAUUUUGGCGAUUUUGGCCGUUUACGUUGUUGGGAUAUCGAUUCGCUAUAUUUUCUGUGAGAAUACACCGUGGUCGCUUGAUUCGACUGUGUGUGGGUAUCUUCGUUUGAAUCUGUUGUGUUUAACGGUAUGUACCGCUCAUUUCUCGUUUGUUGUGGCAUGCACUGUCGGAAAUUGUUCGUUUGGACUCUUCAAUUUUUUGGUCGUCUUUUGCUCUCUAUGUAAUUACGAGUGGAUUAUUGUAACCAUGUGAUUGUAAUGCCGGUAAAAAUUAAUGCUGUAGUCAUUUUAACCCCUUUCCCCCUACAUCCCAAUCCUGUGUAUUUGUGUAUGUAUGUACACUGUUGAUUAUAACAAUAGAGCCAUUCUCUGAUCACAAGAAUACUGUUGAAAGCGCAGUGCAUUUUGCGAGCGCAUUUGGAAAAUCGGUGGAUAGCCACCUGCAAAUGAGCAGUAUGUAUUAUAAUGUACACUGCAAGCUAUAUUGGUG